AUGGACCACGACACUGAGUCGCUACACCAUGGUGCAACCGACGGGGACAAAUACUUCUCCUCCAAUCCCUCUCCUAAUUCCAUUGACUCUCACAAAAGACUUGCGAGGUCCUUCAUAAACGAGCAGGUCCGCGCGAAUCGCAAUGUAGUCCUAGUGACAUCGGGCGGGACAACAGUUCCGCUGGAAAACCAGACCGUACGCUUCAUCGACAACUUUUCUAAUGGUAGCCGUGGAGCCACCUCUGCCGAAUACUUCCUUCAAGCUGGAUAUGCCGUCAUCUUCCUCCAUAGACAGUUUUCUCUACUGCCAUACUCCCGGCACUACAGCCACUCCACAAAUUGCUUUCUCGAUUUCAUGACUGAAGGCGACGAUGGCACCGUCACGGUGGAUUCAGAUUACGAAGACAAAAUGCUUGAAGUGCUCAGAAAAUACAAUACUGCGAAGAAGGAACAGAAAUUGCUACCCUUGAGUUUCAUAACGAUCAAUGAGUAUCUGUGGUCUCUGAAAGAGUUGGCCGUCAUGAUGAGACCAUUGGGUCCAAGAGCGUUGUUCUAUUUAGCUGCGGCGGUUUCGGAUUUCUUUUUACCCAAAGACAGACUUUCCGAGCACAAAAUACAGUCCUCGAACGCUAACAUAGUCAAUGGCGAAGGCUAUCCAAUGUUGAGUAAUGGUUUGUCUGGAACGGGUCAGCAGAACAGGCUGAUGAUCAAUCUGGAUCCUGUCCCCAAGUUUCUCAAGGACCUAGUUCAAGGAUGGGCUCCGGAAGGAAUGAUGAUUAGUUUUAAGCUAGAAACAGACCCAUCUCUGCUGAUUGAGAAGUCACAGCAAGCCCUCAAAAAAUACUCGCAUCAUCUAGUCAUAGGGAAUCUGCUUUCUACUCGAAGACACGAGGUUGUUUUCAUAACGUCGCAAGGAGAACAUUGGAUCAAAAUUCCUCAGCAUCGCCGUACUCGAAGUGUUGUAAGUCCGUCAUUCCUGCGGAAGACUUUCUUGGAUGAAGCUCAGGAAGAAACCGCCACCGCAAUGGGAGAUGGGCCCAUCGAAAUAGAAUCAUUGAUUGUGCCCGAAGUUGCUGCCAUGCACAGGCGCUUCAUUCAGCUCUCUCAGCAAAAUCAUGAAGAAGAUGAGCAGACAAUGCUUGCCAACGCCCUCGCUUGGGCCGAGACAGGCUCUGAUUAG